GAACGCACCUCCCUCUUCCUGAGUGGCUCCUCUACUUUUAAACACCGACAGCAGCUCCCGGCUCAGAUGAGUGAGCUCCGGGGGCCUCCUCUGUUCGGUCUGUGGCUCGAGGUGUGAGGAUCUAAACACUGCUGGUCUCACUGGUCUGUGGUCUGCAGAGGAACCCGAGCGGGACCGAGUCCAGCAGCACCGCAGCUUCCCACGGACUGAUCUCCCUGCAGGGGGCGGGGGUUGCGUGUUUCUUCCAAGGGGUACCACUCAUUCCCACACUCCCCCCCUCCUCCUCAGUGAGCAGCAUCCUGGGCAGGUCCUCUGCUCGCCUCGAUCCGGCACCAGGGCUCAGCGGCAGCGGCAGUUCGAAGCCGACCAUGCGCCAGAGCAAGAGCCAGUGUCUGCGCCCCCGGCUGUGCGCGCUGGAGAAGGGGGACAACGGCUACGGCUUCCACCUCCACGGGGAGAAAGGUAAGACGGGCCAGUUCAUCCGCCUGGUGGAGUCCGACAGCCCGGCGGAGACCUCGGGGCUGCGCGCCGGGGACCGCCUGGUGUUCGUGAACGGGGAGGACGUGGAGACCGAGAGCCACCAGCAGGUCGUGUCCCGGAUACGAGCCACCCCGGGCCGCCUGGAGCUCGUCGUGGUGGACCCGGACACCGAGCAGCUACUGAAGAGGCACAACAUGAAGUGUCUGAAGGAGUACGUGACCGAGGGGGUCCCGGUGCAGCUCGAUGAAGAGGAGGAGGAGGAGGAGGUGGAGGAGGUGAGGGUAGAGGUGGACGGGACGGUUGGCGAGGAGAAGCGGGAGAAGGCGGAGGAAGAGGAGGUGGUUGUGAUGGUGGAGGAGCAGCAGCAGCAGCAGCAGCAGGAGGAGGAAGAGGAGGAAGAGGAGGUGACACCCAGGGAGUCCACGAGGACUAACGGGGACAUCCACGAGCACAUCGAGAAGAAGCUGAGCAUCAACUCUGAGAAGGAGGUGUGCACCGACCUGCGGCCGCGGCUGUGUGUGAUCCAGAGAGCUUCUAACGGAUAUGGCUUCAACCUGCACAGCGAGCGGGCGCGGCCGGGCCAGUACAUCCGAGCUGUGGAUGAGGACUCUCCAGCAGAGAGGGCAGGCGUGCUGGCAAAGGACAGAAUAGUACAGGUGAACGGCAUGAUGGUGGAGGGGAAGACGCACUCACAAGUAGUGGCCGCCAUCAAAGCCGGUGGGAACGAGACCCGGCUGCUGCUGGUGGACGCCGACACAGACGCCUAUUUCAAGAGGUGCAGAGUAGCCCCCACCGUGGACCACCUGACCGGUCCGCUGCCAGAACCUGUCAUUAAUGGAGGAAUGGAGGAGAAGGUGAACGGCAGACGGCCCAACGGGGCAGAGAGGGACUCCAAGCUGUCCAUCAGUCCUUCUCCGUCCAGCGCCUCCUCCAACACCUCCCUCACUACCCUGCCCGCAAACACCCCACCUGAGGGUUUGGUGAGCGGUGCCAUCCCCGCUCUCAACCUGAGUCUGCAGCAGGUCAAGGAGCUCGCCCACCAGAAACGAGCCAACAAGAAAGCGCCCCCUAUGGACUGGACCAAGAAAAAUGAACUCUUCAGCAACCUAUAGGGCACCUGACGCCACCUGACACACACACACACACACACACAAACUUACAUACACACACUGAUGUUUUUUAUCAUAGCGAUUCUUACAUUUUUAAUUUUUAUUUUAAAGAAAUUAAAGGAGCAGUUUAACUAUUGGCAGCAGAUACAAUUCAAGCCAUUCUGUAAAAUGUAGUAUAUUCUUCUUAUUACUCUCAAUGUUAUUAUAACCCAGAUAUUAUCGUUUGCUACUAACAAUGAAAGAUGCAUAUGCCAAUGAAAGAGACCUGGACCACGGUGAGAGUGUGUGUGUGUGUGUGUGUGUGCGUGUGUGUGCAUGUCGCUAUUUAUGCCCUGUGAAUAUGUUUCCUCUCUUUCUCUCUCUCUCUCUCUCUCUCUCUCUCUCUCUCUCUCUCUCUCUCUCUCUCUCUCUCUCUCUCUCUCUCUCUCUCCUCUUUCUGUGUGUGCGUGUGGACCCUGACCUCUGACCUCUGACCCACUGAUCUGAUGCCUGUGGAAACAAGGAGUCGAUCGUCGUGCUACGUUUAAUGACCGGCUCCUCGACUUAAACAUUUAAAAACAUUAAAGGAUCGGACACAUUCGAUAAAACAAGACAAUCAUACAUCUCUUAUUCUCCCACCUGUCGGUUUAGGGAUCAAACAUGUGACGUGAAAACUGAGAUUUGACCUUUUGAGUCGUUUUUAUUUACGCUAAUUACCUUUUUUCUUUUUUUUUAUCUCUAACAUUAAAAGGUGUUUUCAGAAUCAUUUGUAAUUUUUUUACUGAUGGCUUUAAACUGGAAAGAACUACAUUUUAAAGUAGGUUAUUCUAUCGUGUAUAUAUCAUAUAUCAUGUAUAUUUUUCACU